AUGACAUAUUGAAUUGAACUUGUUCUUGUGUGGCAAUUAUUUUCUUAUUUUUACAAUCAGCUUUACAAAUUCCUCAGAAAACGAAUAUUUACCUAAAUAAGCUAUUCAUUUUCAAACCACUUUUGCUCUGUGUAAUAAACAGGAAAACAAGAACAGUUCUCUGAUUACACGAAAACUCUCCGAACUUUGUUGACCUAUUUCUUUCCUUUAUUUUCUAAAUAAAAUGGCGCGUUACUUCAAGGAACAAGACAUUGAUGAAUUUCGUGAAUGUUUCUACCUAUUCGCUAGAUCUGGGCAGAUCACCUCUCUGGAUGAGCUGACGGUGGUGAUGCGGUCCCUUGGCAUGAGCCCUACGAUCCAGGAGCUCACCGGCUACCUAAAGGGCAAGGGAGGGAAGAUGUCCUUUGCUGACUUCCUGGAAGUCAUGCACAUUCAUUCCAGGGCUGAAAACCUGCCCAGUGAGGUAGUGAACGCAUUUAAAGCCGGCGACGGCGACAAGAAGGGCGUGAUCCCCGCACGACAGCUCCGCAAUUUGCUGCAGAACUGGGGCGAAGGCCUGUCGGCUAGAGAGGUGGACAACAUCUUCCGUGAAGCAAACGUGUCUAACAACGGUACGGUCAGAUACGAGGAUUUCGUCAAGAUCUCCUGCGCGCCGGUCCCUGAUUACUAUUAAAUAGAUUAUACUAAUUAUCUUAAAAAUAUGCGCUUCUUAAUCUGUUAUAAAAUAUGCACUUUAUUUUACUACAAAAGGUAGUUGACACAAGAAAUAUCGUUUUCCAACUUAACAUUUAUCACCACUGGCAAGUGACAGGACCUUAGUCAACAGUGGCGCCAUCUUGUGAGUGAAAAUAUGAUAUUCCCAAACUUAUUUGAGACGCGCCCCCUUUCGACCAUACAAAAAAUUCCGCGCUUCCACGAUUUAUUUGGUCGUAUCGAGUAAUCUGGAAUGCAUUCUCUCAGCGGUCGCAGGUUUUUUAUACUUAAGUA